UAGAAACUGAACAUUUAGGUUUCCGGAGUUAACUGAUGUGUGAUCUCACACGUUUGAGUAACUUGAAGACAUCCAGUAUGUCUCACUAGUCUCACAAUGCUUUACAAUGCUUUAUUAUCAUUAACAGCGUUUAUGUUUUGUCUUAGUCUUUUCCUGGUGCACAGAGCCAGUGUUUUAGAACGUGAUUUUCGCAAGCUCCAAGGGGACAUAAUUCUACAAUUAAAUCAGCCACGUUCUGAGGGAGUCAAUGGGAAAAUGGCCAAGAUGUCUAAAACAAGGGAGGACAUAAAGCAAAGUACUUUGCGAAAAGCUCAGAGUUCUCUGAAGGUAUUUUCCAGGAGAGUAAAACGGGAACAGGGCAGCUGCAGAGCUCCAACAUCAUUCCUGCAGUUAACAGCUAACACUAACAAACAACCAGACAUAAGAGGAAAUAUAGCAGUGAUCCCUUGGACAGUUUCUGCGCAGCAGGGAAAUACAAUUUCACAAAAGGAAAACAGAAUUGUUGUCCAAGAACAUGGAUAUUACUUGGUGUUUGGACAAGUAUGGUGUCACUGUAACUCAAGCAUAACUAAAUUGAAAUUACAUCUGAUUUGUUCCAACUGUUCCACUAAUGUUCUGCUUAAUACACAGGUUUUGUUCACGAGCCCAAGUACAGUUAUGGGUCAUGUCAUUCGAAGUUGGGGUUCCACUAGAACAGGGACGACAUCAACAGAGCUCUUGUGCUGCCUGCAAGAGAUGCCCGAUGAAACUCCUGCCAAUACAUGCUACACUGCAGGCAUAGUGCAGCUGAAUCAGGACGAUGAGCUAGAAAUGGUGAUACCAUACAGGCCCCAUGCCCUCAUCUCUAUGGAUGCAGACGGGACCUUUUUUGGUGUCAUACAGCUAAACUGAAACAAGACAGUAUGAAGAUGAUAACCAUGCAGUUUGUUGCUGCAGGAUGUGGGAAACUGACACUGAGCUGUGUCAGGGGAUGCUGAUAAAGGACCAAGUGACAGCAGCAGGAAAACUGUCAUUAACCUCAUAAGGAACUUUUUAAAUGGACUGCCUAUUUCAUGUGUCAGUUUUUUAAACACAACUACUUUUUAAAUCCUACCGCUUUAAAUCAUUGUGGUGUAUCUUUCAGUUAGUCCAUCUGGGCCUGUCCCCUAGCAUUGUUUAUGUGUGCUACCACAUCCUUUCAUCUAUCUAUUUUAGCAUGUCUCUUUAUACCUUCCACCUCCGCGCCGUCUGUUUAUUGUUCCUCUCGUCUAUUUCAGAAUGGUUUCCGUUUUCCUAAGACUAUGUCAGGAACAAACAAAGGUAUAAAUUGAUAUCGCUCUGGGGGUGUUUUCCUGGUUGACACAAACUCAUCAACUGUGUAAAUACUUUAUGAUAAAAUUAAAGUUGUUAUAAAUGGGAUAAUAUGCCUUAGUACAAAUACAUUCUCAGUUGGUAUUUCUGUUCAUAACUAAUUUUGAAGGUAUACAUCUGUAAAAUUGGUUACAUUAAGCAGAUAUAUGACCAUAUUUGUCUUUUUAUAUCCAAAU